AUGUACACCAAAGGUCUUAUUCGCAUCGCUGUUGGUCAAACAAGACUCCUUAUAAAAGAAAGGUUCAAACAGUUUGAAGGACUGGUGGACGAUUGUGAAUAUAAACGAAGUGAAAAGGAUACCACCUGCGCCGAUCUAGAUGGCUUUUGGGAUAUGGUUCGCUUUCAGAUACAGGAUAUACACCAAAAAUUCAACAAUUUGACCAAACUUAAGGAGUGUGGAUGGGAGAACGAUAAUAAUACAAGCAAAAAAGUCUUUCAGAAACAAGUUGUCUCGGGUCUAGCAAGUAAACCGAAACAGGACGAUGGCGGGAGAAUGGCAGCUAGAAAUCGCCUCGCUGCUGCAAAAAAGGCGAUGAGAGAGAGGGGUCAGCGGAAAGAGCAGGCUGAGGCAGCAGCCUCUGCAGCGCCCAAGGAAGUUGAUCAAAUAGUGUUUGACGGUGGAUUUUUCAAAAUUGAAAGUCCUGUUAAGUCAUUCUCAGCCACGCCUGAAGUGCAGUAAUCCAUCCACUUAGGUGGAGAGGAGGCAACAGG